AUGUCUCGACCACCACCGCAGCCCGUUUUCGUGCAUCGCGGCUUUUCGGGGGGAGCAGUUUCGUGUGCAGUGGUCCGUACUGGCAAUGGUGACGGAGUACUGGUAGGUACUGGUGAAGGACGAUGCGAGUUGUACGACGCAGAUACUCAUGUCUUCAUUCGGACUGUAUAUGGUAUUUAA